UCCUUCUCUAGCCUUUUUCCCGCUACUUUUCUUCGCCAUUUUCCCACUCUUUUCUGCCAAAUUCCUCUCUCGCAGUGAAUGCUUAUGUGCGGUGCCAAUCGCAGGAGAUGAUAAACUCGCGAGAGAUAGUGUUAGUUUCAACCGCCACAAUUUUUGGUGCGGCGGCUUCCGCAAUCGCAUUUCACCGAUUUUUCUACUCCAAUCGUCUCAACAAGCGCUUCUCAGCAAACGGCGUCGUUGAUGGGAGGAAACCCUCUCCUCGGAACCCAUUCGAUCCCACCAAACGAAAAGGAUAUUUGUCAUGGGAUGAUUAUUUUAUGGCUAUUGCAUUUCUCUCUGCUGAACGAUCCAAGGAUCCUAACAGGCAGGUUGGAGCUUGUUUGGUGAGUCAAAAGGGCAUCAUUCUUGGCAUCGGCUACAAUGGAUUCCCACGUGGUUGUUCAGAUGACAAGCUUCCGUGGUCUAAGAAAUCCAAAAAUGAUGAUCCAUUGGAGACAAAGUACCCUUAUGUAUGCCAUGCUGAAGUCAAUGCUAUCUUGAAUACAAAUCAUGCAUCUGCUGCAGGACAAAGGCUUUAUGUUACAAUGUUUCCUUGCAAUGAAUGUUCCAAGAUAAUUAUUCAGUCAGGCGUCUCGGAGGUUAUCUAUUACGUGGAAAAGAGAUUGGAUAAUUCGGAAACUACUUAUGCAGCUUCUCACAAACUUCUAUCCAUGGCUGGUGUAAAAGUAAGGAGACAUCAACCACAGAUGGAUCAGAUUUUGAUCAAUUUCAAUGAGUACUAAAUGUUCCUAAAAUGGCUGCAGUUGCAUGCAGCAUGAACAAGAGCAACUCUACAGGACUGACAGUGAUUGCUGCUUGCUAUGAAAGAGGAAAUGGAUGCCUAACAGAUUACAAGGUACGAUUUCAAAGCUACAAUAGUUAUCUUGUCCGGAGUUCUUAAGGAGUGAAUCUCAUUUGGCAUUUACGUAGUUAUGUUUGUUGUAACACAAUUCGUGUGUUGAACUCCUUUGGCAUUUACGUAGUUAUGUUUGUUGUAACACAAUUCGUGUGUUGAAUUCUGCAAUUUUUACAAUGUCCUAAUUGUGAUAUUAGUUUUAAGGAUUUAGUUUGAGAGCAUAGGGUUCCUGGAACAUGGAUAGUUUCAACAUCAAUUUGAAAAAAGAUAUCUUAUCUUUCAGAAUUUGUUGUGUGCCUUUGUAUUGAUGUAUAUUUGAAUUUCUUUUCUGCUAUGUAAUAUUUAUAUAUAGGGCUUCAUUUU